AUGGUCUCCUUCUGGAGUUCAAAGAAGGAUGAGCCUGACAGGCCUGAGUCGUCCCAGGCCACUGGCCACGCCCACGCCCACCAGGACGAAGGGCAUGGGCCUGCGCCCGAAAAUGAGGAGCCGACCGAGCGUACUAGAUUGCUUGCACAGCAUAAUGCCCAGGGAUACUUGAGUCCAGAUGAUCCAGCCGUCUCUCCGUACAACCUAUGGAGUGUACGCGCCUUACGGGGACUCUCUCUCUUAGCACUGGCCGCUAGCUUCGUGUGGUGGACGUUCCUGCUAGUCUCUAUCUUCGUCAGUCCACCGCUGAUGCACUCUCGUGGAUCGGGCUUCUUCGCAUUUUCGUACACUACUUUCACGACUGGCUACCUCGUGCUUGGUCUACUAUUCUUUACCGUCCCAUCGAAACCGAUGACUAUCUGUGGCAUUAUCAUUGCUAUCCUUCUUCUGAUUGAUAUGUGCAUUAUUCUCGGCGUGCCACAGAUUCGGGUUGAAGAAGGGUGGGUUGGCAUUGCUUCGAUCGUCUGGGCCGUUGUCAUCUCCCUCCACCAGAUUAUUCAGAACCGAGUCGUCACAUGGGGGAAACGUGAAGAGGAAGAGCGACUCACUGGCCGUGAAGAGACUCGCCGGUCCAUUCGAGAAUGGCUUGCUGUUCUCUUCGAGAUACUCAUUCUUGUCGUGAUGACCCUUGCGACUCUUUUGUUCACGGCGACGCUGAUCCUGCGUGCCUCGGAUGCUUCACUGGAGCCCGCUGGCAAACGCUAUUCUGUCCGUGGGAGCGCAUAUCAAGUUCAUUUAGCCUGUGUGGGCAACCGCACUACGGAGAACCCAGAAGAGCCUACGAUUAUUGUCGAGGGAGACUAUGGUCCCGUUGAGCAUUCACUACAGCCAUUCAUUGACGAUCAGUAUCAGUCUGGGGCCAUCCGCAGGUAUUGCUACUGGGAUCGGCCAGGAUUUGGGUGGUCAGACAACGCGCCAUCACCGCAUUCAGCAGGGAUGGCUGCAGACGUCCUGUCCGAAGCACUGGCUUUGGCCGAUGAAAGUGGCCCUUGGGUAGUGGUCUCUGCUGGUGUUGGGAGCCUCUAUUCACGGCUCUUUGCCAGUCGCCAUCUACUGGAAGUAAGUGGGAUCUUUCUCAUAGACCCACUUCACGAGGCCUAUCUGGAUGACAUUGGUAAACCGGGCCGAGGCUUCAAACUAUGGCUUCGUGGAGUUCUAUCCCCCUUGGGGUUAGACCGGCUGGCGGGGGCCAUCGUGCGAGGACGUACUCGGGAAGACCGGGUCAUUGGACGCUCUGCGUAUCAGACGGGAAAGUUCAUCAAGGCCAAGCUGCAGGAAAAUCUCGUUGCCGUUACUAUGACUUCGGCCGAAGUGCAGUCCGCGCGCCACAUCCAAAUGGGCGCCACUCCUUUAGUGGUUGUGAGUUCUGGUCGUGAGAUGCAAGAAGACCCCAACUGGGCGGAGCGACAGGAGGACCUUUCUCGGAUUACAAACAAGCUAAUUUCCUGGGACGUAGUUCAUGACGCGCCCCACGAAGUGUGGACUGAUGGAGAAGGGCGAUCAGUUCUGGAGAGCCGAUUGAGGGAUCUUGUACGGGCAAGUCGUGAAUCUCAGUAG